AUGUCCAAGGCGCGCUAUUCAAUGGGUAAUAAAGCUGUUACUGCCUUGCAGUAUCCGUCAGACAUGGAAGCCAUUACACGUGUCGUAAUCGAUCCAUCGAAAGAUUCAAAUUAUGAAGAAUUUCGAGUACUACGUUCCAAUAUAUCCGAUAGAAUAGACGAUAAAAAAACGAAGAACGGUGAAGAGAUAAAAUCAACAGUACGUCGACGUAAAGGGGAAUCGGGUGAUAAGACAACCGUGGAUAAGUUAGCACAAGACUUAGAUAAAAUGAAAAUGAGUAAAAAAGAAGAAAAAGCAAAUCAAAUUGGUAAUCCACUGAACUGGUUUGGUGUUCUUGUUCCUCCAUGCUUGAGGAGCGCCCAAAAAGACUUUGAAAAAGCCAUCAAUAUAUGUGUUGAAAUGGCUUCUCUUCAACAAGAAAUACAUUGGCUCAUAGACAACUUUAGGUCUACUAGAUCUCAGGCUGAAUGUAAUUUAGAUAAUAAUGAGUUAGCUGAUGUGACAACCGAAAAAUUACAAGAAAAUGAAGAAAAUACCACCACCCCACAAGAGAUCGGCUGCAAUACAUAG